AUGGACACUAAAUUUUUUCGUCAAGUUCCAUAUCGAUUUAUUGCCCAAGAUCGAGCCGAUGCAUGUAAAAUUGACAAAUUGACAAAUUUAUUUCCUGAAAUGAAAUCAACAAUUGAACUAGAAUUGUUUAAAAUAAAUAAUUUAUCACAUACACUCGAACGUUUAUCCCGUGUAUAUUCAAUAUCAACAGCACUCGAUAUUCGGGACGACACAUUACAUGUAUUUGUUGGACCCUAUCACAUUCGUCUCGGACCAGCGUUAUUCGCAGCAUUUCAUUUUAAACAGGUAUCACAGACACUCAUGCAAACAGCAUCGAAAAAAAAAGAAAUAACAACAAAUUCAACAACUCUAAUCGGAGGAAGUGUACAUACGCAACGUCGACAACGUGAAGCAGCAAUUCGACGCUUUCGUCGUGCUGUUCGAAAGAUUGGUUUAGUUAAACAAGUUCUUGAUCUUUUACAAACGGCUAGUGUUUUAACACCGGUAAAUCAGUAUGCAUUACAUAGUCGUGGAAUAUAUGAAUUAGUUUUACGUCGACAAUCAGUCUUAACAGACGGUUCAUUUGAAUUAUUCGAACAGAUGAAAAACUAUCAAGCCUCAAAUGAAGGAAGUCCGUUUUUAUCAUCAAAUUUCGUCAAAAUUACAUCGCUUUUAAAUCUACUCGGUUCGUCGACAACACAACAACAGCCAGAAGAAGGGACAGGAAAUAGUAUUAGCACUAAGGCAAACGAAACAAUAUUACCAGUAAUGGAAAAAGAUUUAAGUAAAAACCAGAAAUUUAAUCCAAAUAGUAUCGAUUCGAAAGACUUGGUUGAAGAUUUAUCAGCAUCACCAAAUAACUGCUGUGUAAAUCAUUCUUCUGUAAUAAAUCAAUCAUUAGUUUCAGUACCAUCUCCGGCGACACCACAGUUAUCAACCACCGCCAUUAUUCCAUUUCGUCGACGGAGUGUUAGUGCUACGUCAAAAACAACACAAAUAAUAUUAACUGGACAAAACAUGGCAAAUAGUACGGACAAUGCGUAUAGCGAUACACUAUCAUCGACAGGUUUCACCGAUAAUACAAAAACAAUUCUUCCAAUAACUGAAUAUACCAGUAUAUUAGAACAACCACCAGAGGAACAUUCUUCAUCAAUUCUUGAUGAUGAAGAAAGUCUAAUUAAUAGUAUAUCACAUAUACUUACAAAUCAUUUGAUGUUAAAAAAUAAUUAUGAUACAACUAACGAUUCAUCUAUUACAGAUUCGGGUAUAUCUUUAAAUACGAAUAGUGGACGAGAAUUGAAAAAUAAUUAUGAUUUUGAUCGGUUAAUACAACGUAUUAAAAUGAAUGUUGGUCAAAAAUUAUUUGAAAAUGAUAACGAACAACAAUUAAAACCGACAAAUGAUACGCUGACAUCGUCAUCAAUACCAGUCAUAAUUGAUCAUACUCGUGAAAAAUCGAAUAGACGACAACAACUACUUGGAUUACAUGUUGUUUCGUGUGAUGAAACACGCUCGGAUGAUUACUACAAUAUUACUGAUCAUACUACAGAUCAAAAUAAUAAAACUACUAAUACCAAUAAAGAAAAAUCAUCAAAAAAACAUCACAACUGGGCUUCAAAAUCACAUUCAUUUGAUAUGACGAAUUCAAGUAAGUUAUUUUAA